CUUAUACUGCCGGAAGUGUACUCAGUGGGGGAGAAGGCUAAUUAAUAUUUUCGUGUUUUGUAGCUUAGCAUCCGUCUUUUUUUUUAAAUUCCACAUCUUUUAGAGUAUGUAGCCGUGUAAGUCGAACGUCUGUCAGCGUAAGCCCUGAGUGGGAUGUCAGGGGAAGUUAUUGAAGUUAUCCUUGGAAGACGUAGACGUCAUACAGCAUUUUAUAUUUUCUGGAGGUAGGCUCACGGAUGUCCCGAACACUGACGGCCAUGAGUGACAGCACAGUGACCAGCGACCAGCGGCAGCGGUCGGGGUCAGGGCAGACACCACAGCCCUCCACGGGGCCCUUUAUUUCUGUCAUCACCAACCGGACUACCAACCUGUUGAUCCGCGGGGCCAUGCUCUUCUCUGUGGGUGUAUUCUUGGCUCUGGUGCUGAACUUGCUUCAGGUACAGAGAAAUGUCACCCUCUUCCCUCCAGAUGUCAUCAGCAGUAUCUUCUCCUCAGCCUGGUGGGUGCCGCCCUGCUGUGGCACUGCCUCAGCAAUGAUCGGCCUGCUGUACCCCUGCAUCGACAGCUGUCUGGGUGAACCCCACAAGUUCAAAAGAGAGUGGUCCAGUGUGAUGCGCUGCGUGGCUGUUUUUGUGGGCAUCAACCACGCCAGUGCUAAAGUGGACUUUGCCAACAAUGUGCAGCUCUCUCUGACUCUGGCGGCACUCUCCAUUGGCCUGUGGUGGACAUUCGAUCGCUCUCGCAGCGGCUUCGGCCUCGGGGUCACCAUCGCCCUAAUGGCUACACUAGCAACUCAACUCCUGGUUUAUAACGGAUUCUUCCAGUAUACGUCUCCAGACUUCCUGUAUAUCCGCUCCUGGUUGCCCUGCAUCUUCUUUGCAGGGGUGAUAACUAUGGGCAACAUUGGGCGGCAGCUAGCUUUGUAUGAAUAUAAAUUCAUCCAGGAGAAGACACAUCAGGACUGAAGGAUCCGCUCCACUCUACUCAUAAAGACCGACCUGAAGCCUGAAGCAGGGGAAUCCAAGGCAACAUAUGAGGACCUGCUGACCCUGGACGACUACCCAGGCGGUAAAAUGACUCCUCACUCACUGACUGAUUGGUGCUUUCUGCUGGACCACAGUAUUGCUGUUCAGCUCUGGAGUGCGGAGGGGAACAAUGAAAGCAGAGUUGUGUUUUCUUCUUCUUUGCUGCCGUUUAUCUCUGCUUACCUGGAGAAAAGGGGAUUAGCAGCAAAGCAGCAAUCGUUCUGCAGAUCAGCUUGGAUGUUUCAAACCUUUGGCUCUUUUGUGCCGAAUGCAGACACACGGAGGAUCAGUUUUAAGUCGGUUCUUAUCUCCAGAUUCUUUCACGUAUCAGUGGAGAACACACUGGCAGCGAACUUCUAUUCAGGCAGAUAUGCAUCUAUAUACCUGACUUUUUAUUCUACAUUAUUAGCCCCUAUAUCUACGUUUGGAUUUUCUUGAUAAAGGAAUGAUGAUGUGACUGUACACGUGUCUGUUUCUCACUGAGGACCCAGUGUUCCCCUGCAGAGGUCGUCUGCUCAGAAGAGUACAGUAUCAUCGGAUCCAAAGAAAGAAAGAUGAGCGCUUUCCUAUGAAGUAAAUUUUUACUUUGAAAAUCUAGGAUUAUUUUUAAAUAAAAAGAUGCAGUUCUGAGUUUAGGGUUUGUGGCUCUAAAAAAUCCAGAUUCAUACAGAAGAGCCUUUGUUUGAACUAGUUCCUUUUAUGUUGUUAAUGUUAUGAAAUUCUCCUACAAGUAUUCUUUAUGAGUCAUUGAAUAUUACAAAAGCACCACAAGAACUUAACUCACUCGGUCAAACAUAACCCCAGACUGAAAAUGACCAUGCAUGGGAUGCAAAAAUGUCUAACCAGAUUUCAACCCUGAAACGCUUUACAACUACGGCAGCUUCGUCACUAUCCCUUCGUCUCAAAAUGAAAGCUUUCAAGUCUAAGCUGUUAAUCUGCUGGAUGCUAAAACAAGGAAUUACCCUGGAAUAAAGAUCGGUCUGCAGUCUGUUUUAUGGAAUCUCCCAGAGGAAAAAAGGUAUAAACCAUCCUUUUGUGUGAUGUUUUGCAUUUCAACCAGUUAAGUCAAAAACCUGCACCUUCUGUGCUGCAUUGUUGCUCUUUCAGCAUCAUCUGUUUUUACCGUAUGGAGUUUGCACGUGUACUAGCCACAUGAUAGUAAAAGCUCUCAGCCUGCGGUGAUCUUCUGAGACGGACUCAUGCAAGUUGUCUGCCUUCCUCCACCUUUCAUCUGUUGUCCUUACUGAGAAGUGUUUUCAGUCAAACCAGCCCUCCACAAAGGUUUUUUUUCCUUCUGUUUUUUUAAAAGCAAAUUGAUGAUCUUACGAGGGAGAAAAGCAGUUAAAAAGUGGCACCAACCUUGAUAGUCUACUCUGUGUUGGUAGAUAUUCCAGCACAUUCUGAGCACUGAAACAGCUGCUUGCAGUACACAAGGAUUGGGGUGAAUUUCUAUCACCUUGUGCAGUGUGUGAUUGGGCAGCUGAAUACAUUUGCAGUAAUGACAUCAGCACUUUAUACUGGUGUAAUAGUCGACCGUGUAUGUAAGCAGCCUAACUUUUUAGAUGAAAAAUAUGUAUUACAUGUGCAGGAUGUACAGUGGAUUUUAUGUUUGGAAAAAUCUUAACCUAGUCUUAUUAAUGAGUUAAUCACUGUACAGUUAUGAAAAAAUAUGGCUGUUUUAAUGACAUGUUACAAUGUUACCAUGUCAUUUAGCAGAUGCUUUUAUCCAAAGUGACGUACACCUGAGAUGUAGACAGGUGUUCAUGGUGUUAAAGAGCUUGCCCAAGGGUCCACACUGGAUACUAAUGGUGCCCAGAGCAGGAUUUAUACCCCCAAUCUCCUGUACCAAAGUCGACUGUAUAAACGGCUGAGCUAUCCAGCUAUGCUGCAUUUGUAAUCAAGCUACAAGCUUGGGAGCAGCUGGAUGCUCACUGUGUGUCCUGCUGCAUAAGCAACCUUUUAAAGCUUCAUUGUUUUUAUUUGUUGCCUAAUUUUGUCUUAAAGAAGGAGCAGGCUGAAGCAGUUUCUGAAAUUAGAAACUCGCUUUUCUCUCAUGGUUCUGAUGAGGGAUUGACCAAUUAUUGCCCUGGCCGAUCAUUAAGGCUGGAAUGACAUUUAGUUGAUUAUCUGUGCUGGUGUGUUUUAUAGAAAGCUGAUGAAAUUAAUUUAUCGAAAAUGUGCUACUUUGGCUCAACCAGGUGUUGGUCUUCCUCUCUGGCUCUACUUUCACUCUCCAAAGUCUCACCUGAUGUCCUGCUAACACUAUUGUAUUGCUUAGAUCAGUGGUUCUCAACUGGUGAGUUGGGACCCAAAAGUGGGCCACAAAGUUUUUCUUAGUGAGCCACAACUGUCUCUGACUUAUUUUUCUUGGGAUAAAUAGCUGUUUUUACAUGAUAAUAUAUUCAUAUCUGGUAGUCUCAAGUAAACAAACUUCAUAUGUCAGUAUGGGAAGUACAGUACUGAUUUACACAUUUUACAUCAUGUAUUGUAGCAAAGAGAUAAUGACGAAGCUGCUGUGUUUGAAGAGUGAGAAUGAACUCAAAUCCAUCAAUGUUUUUUUAAAAAUCCGUGGCCACUAGAAGUCUGAAAAAUAAACACAAAUGCUCUUAUUCAAGAACAAAAAAGGUAUUAGGAUAUUUUAUAUAUCCAUAGUGGGGUCUGUAGCUGUUUAAUUGGUAAAAAUGUCAAAAUGCCUGCGCUCACUGUCGUCACAAUCUAAAACUAAAUGGUUGUCAGUGAUGAAUAUGACGUGAAUAAAGGGUCAAAAACCCAAAAGUAGACUCAAACCUGGGUGUAUGUAAAAGAGUAUGACUGAUCCUGUAUAGCUGACUGUGUUAGCUUGAUCAAACUUGACAAACUAAUGUUUUUAUUGACUAAAAUCCUCACGGUGUUAUGACAGAGAGGUAUUUUGCAUCUGAACGUGUUUUUACAGUAAUGAAUUUAUUCUUUUUGUUCGUCAUUUUAAUACAGCUGCAUUUAACAUCCUGCUCAUCCAGUGUUUCCUAGCGUUAAAGUCUGGGGAAAGGUCUUUUCUCUAUGUUUCACAGGGUGGAUGUUUUAUGAGGCGCCAAAAUAAGAUGCAGAAAGAAAACAGGGAAUGUAUUCAUGUCAACACUGCUGGGUCAUUUAAGGGAUUUUUUAUGAUAAUUUAUGAGAUAUUAUAGAUAAAAUCCCUACCAGUUGGUGUUAAAUUUAAAAAUUCUGUCACUUAUGUGGAAAAACCCUGAAGGAAACACAUUUUUAAUCUGUUUUUAGAUUUUGACAUGUUUUCUAUCAGAGCUGUAGAAAAUGUUUUCAAAACUUGAGAGAUUGUUACGGUCACUUUAGGAUGAAAAAAAUAUAAACUGGAAUUAACCACAAUAAAACUUUUUAUGUUUAAAAUA